CGGUCGACGUCUUUUGUCUCCUUCAUGUGGGUCGUCGAGGCAGCGCGAGAGAUCGAGCGAGAUGGAGGGGCCGGUCGGAGGCGGGCAGGACAACGUGAAGCAUCUCGCAGAUUGCUCCGUUGCCAAUGCGCUUGGUACAUGGUUUUUCUCAGUAGCUGGAGCUUUAAUUGCAAUACCAGUGGGAAUUCGAAAGAAAUCAUUGGCGCCAUUAGUCUUCUUCGGUACGACCGGCACCAUGCUUGAUAUUAUCAUGGGGAUCAGCCAGUGUGAGCGAGAGCACGCCGAGCGCCAAAUGAAGCUGCUGGAAACACAAAACCUUGCAAGCAGUGCUUCAGCUGAUGCUGAAGGCUAAGCUGGUGGCUUCCAACAAGUUCCUGUCUUUGCUUUUUUAUGCAUGCAUCUCUUACGUUGUAUAAAGCUUGGAAAGCUUUCGGCUUUUAUUCGAAGUGGAUUUGCCUUUUCAGCUUGGGAGAAUCUUCAUUAAUAUUGUAGAUACCGUGCUAAUUCAAUGUAGUAGUUCAAAUAAGCUCCUUGUGUUUAUAGUGAAGUGAAGUACUUGCUCUGCUCAUAUGCUCACU